UUGCAAAAUUGGUUACUUGAGGAAGGUUUUUCCAGUGUCCCUUCAUUGCCACCUUACACAGUUAUUCAGUUACUGUCUGAUCUGAAUGUUGCUGCCUACCAGCUAGAUCUACCUUGCCAAAUGGAAGAAGGAAUUUAUGAGAAUGGAUGGAAAAACCAAUGUCAGAGAGAAAUAUCUUUACCUGAACUACCGAACAACAUUGUCUGUCAGAUUUUUGAAUCUUGUACAAAAAUAGAAUGCUGUGUAGAGAUACCACUGCUAAACAAGACCACGUUUAACUUUUUCUUAGAUGUAGAUACUUGUCGCUCUAGUUUAACUGUUGGAAUAGAACAGAUGUAUCAUAAGUAUAGUCUGUUGGAUUAUACCUUUGGAGAGACAGAACAUUUCAAUCUGUUUGGAGUGUUGAGACUUAUGUAUAGCUUGGAAGAUCUGAGACAGCAGGAAAUGUUCAUUCUUCAGUUAAAAUUUAGCUUUUGUCUGGAAACAAAUGGUCCAUGUGAACUGGUCAUACCAAUUCUAGAAGACAUGGUGUUUCCCAAACCUGUGUGCCAGUCUGAUACAUCUUUUCAAAGCAAAGGAUUUUCCUUAGAGCAGUGGUAUAGAGAAAGAACAUUAUCGUCUGACACCAUCCUGCCUGGACACUAUGUUUCAGAACUACUAGAGCAAACAGGAUUGACGAGUUAUCUGAUUGGUGAAGCAUGUAACAUCAACUUAAAUGAUGUAGAUAGCAAUGGUUGGAAAAAAGUUCUUGACAAUCUGCAGUUGUGUAAUUUAACUGGUGUUCACUAUUUAGAAAUAUAUAUCAGAUGA